CCCAAGUGGACUCACGAUUUCCGAGCGGCUGAUAAAUUAGCGAAAUUUUAAUUUGAUUUCCUUCGCAAAUUUCCGCCGAACUCGACUGUGGAUUGGAUGUGGACUGGAUGUGGCCGGGUGUCGGAGUGUCUGGCCAAGUGGACACAGAAGCCGAGGCAGCAAAUAAACUAAGUGAAUUUAUGGCCCCAGGGCAGGAGCGGCACACGUGUGCGACAUGCCCACACAUUGACACCUACCAAUAACCAACUAUCAAGUACCGGCCAUCCAAUAAACGAACUAACCACAUACUCCACACACACCACACUCCAAUUGGGCUGCAGGUCCCUGGGCGCGUUUUGGAUCAGAUCGUCUUGGUUCGGUUUUGGUUGGAUGUUUUGUUUAUGCUGGGCAGGCACAAACGAGCUGACAAUGCCCCAUGUCGUGGCGACGGUACGUGCGGCCAAACAAAUUACAGGGAAAUUGCGUCACCUGCAGGAAUUUCCACUCGACAUUGUCAAAUGCCAUCAGAAAUCGCUGGACAUGUUGUAACAUUAAUUUGACAUUUUACGGCCCAGGACGGGGAUCGUCGACGGGAAUGAGACCGCAGAGCAACGCAGGACAACGUUAAAUCCACCAGCAGACAGCUGUCGAGAUGACCAAAGAUGCUGGAGCCACCAAGGGAUCUUGCAGCAGCAUCUCGGUCACUCGGAAAAGUAUGAGAUACACUGAGAACACGGUCUACGAAGGAAGCACACAACUGUGGCAAGGAUUGCUGAAGGAUUCGCUUUCAUGGCUAUACACAUACGAACGAUGAUGCUUGCACCUCCCGCUUCGGAUGCAGCUCCUGGCGUUUCGCUCUGCCAGCUGGUGCAAUCUGUUGGAGCGGCGCAAAUGCAUCUCUGGCAUUAAAACAAAUUGAUGCGGUCGGGAAAUCUCAUUGCCGGCUUAGUGAAUCUGAUUUGCGGUCAUCGGUCGUCCUCUCGUUAACCCAGAUUCGGAUUCCCGUGCUUGGUUCUACAGAUGCCAGGCUGCUGCUGCUGCUGCGAUUAAUUUGCUGCGGUGGCGAUAAUUUGUUAAUCGAAGCAUCCUCAUCGCAGCUUGCACUUCGUCCAGAAAGUUCUUGUAAUCCUCCGCGUGCUCUUCCUGCUCCUCCUCCUCCAGUUGCAGCAUUGUCCAAUUAAAUCAGCCGAAAGUAGGGUGGGAAUC